GAUGGAUUGUAUGGCCAAAAUAGAGAUGCGAAAACAAAGUAUAAUUCGUGUUUACAUUCUCUUAGCUUUGUUCUUUUUUCUUGGCUUGGUUUUCAAGAGGAAGCGGAAGGAAAAUGACCUAAAUGUUCCUGCCUUUGAUGUGUCCUUCGGUGAUGAAUUUGGGAAUGGCAUGGGACCUAGGGAGUUUUCUUACGAUCAGUUGGCUACAGCAACAAAGAAUUUUACAGAUGAGGAGAAACUUGGCGAGGGAGGGUUUGGAGCAGUUUAUAAAGGAUUUAUGAGGGAUUCUAAUACAAACGUUGCUGUUAAAAGGUCGUCGAGUAGGUCUGAACAAGGGAUCAAAGAGUAUGCAUCAGAGGUGAAAAUUAUUAGCCAAUUACGACAUAAGAAUUUAGUGAAGCUUAUUGGAUGGAGCCAUGAAAAGGAACUCUUACUUGCUUACGAGUUCAUGCCUAGUGGCAGCCUAGAUUCCCAUCUUUUCAAUGGGAGAAGCUUGUUACCAUCGGAGAUUAGAUAUAAAAUCGUGCAUGGCUUAGCAUCAGCAUUAUUUUAUCUACAUGAAGAAGGAGAUUUUUGUGUAUUGCAUAGGGAUAUAAAAGCAAGUAACAUUAUGUUAGAUUCAACUUUUAAUGCAAAGCUUGGGGAUUUUGGGUUAGCUAGGUUAGUUGAUCAUGAAAAAGGAUCACAAACAACUACAUUGGCUGGAACCAGGGGCUACAUCGCUCCUGAGUGUCACAGAACGGGCAAGGCAAGUAAGGAAUCUGAUGUCUAUAGCUUUGGAAUUGUGGCACUAGAAAUUGCAUGUGGGAGAAGGUCAAUAGAGCGAAGGUAUGAUGAGGAUCAAGCAUCAUUGGUGGAUUGGGUUUGGAAAGCACAUGGAGAUCAAAUGCUUCUUGUUGUAGUUGAUAAGAAACUCUCUACAAAUUUUAAUGUGAAAGAGAUGGAGUGUUUGUUGCUUGUUGGCUUAUGGUGUGCACAUCCUUCACCUAAUAUGAGACCGUCAAUUAGGCAGGCAAUCCAAGUGCUUAAUUUUGAGGCAUCACUUCCAAAUCUACCAAAUAAGAUGCCCACUCCUAGUUAUGAUGACAUCCCUAAUACUUCUAUCAUCCAAACAAGUGAACUUGGUUCAUUAAGCAUUACCAUCCCCCGCUAGCUUUUGUGUCAAAAGUGCUACAAGUUAUUUGUAACAAUAAACAUGUGUUUUGUAAUAAAUUGAAUUAUAUUUAUGAACUAUGUAUGAACUGAAUAUGUGUUUUGUAAUAGAUUUAAUUAUGUUUU